AUGCAUCUUACCAGGUGUUUUACUGGAUGUUUUGUAGUGGACAUGCGCAGCCAACAGCAGAGGAUUCAGUUGAAGAACGUGGGCAAAACGGAAGUUUCCAGGACUCCAAAGCAGUCUGCUCCGCCGUCCUCUCCAGCCCGCUUGCGUGGAAUGUCACCGUCUCCAACCACCCCAGCGAUGCCAAAAGCUGCAGAGAGGGUCAAGGCCAAACGGAACAAGGCAAAAAACAAUUGCGAACCAAAGCAUGUUCGAGAUCUUCAGAAAGCACUUCGGGCAGAACCCAAACCUAUUCCAGAUGAAGAAUCUGAGCCUGGGCUUGAGACGGAGUCAACUUCCACUUCCAGCCAGCUCAAGACACUAGUGCGAGCUGUUUCUGAGCCGCCACUUCCUCGAGGACUUGAUCACUUGGGCAUUCCCCACAGGACUCCUGGAUCAAGCCCCAAAACGCCGCGAAUGGUGCAUGGACGAGUGGUCAUGAACAGGAUGGUGGCUGAAUGGGAGCUGGCACAAAGCAGACGUUUGCAGAAUUGGUUCGGGCAAGACAUGCCAGAGUCUGCCAGAGGACGACGACAUCAAGACAGCUCAGCUGUGAAUGCUGUGGUUUUUGGAUGCAGGCGAACGCGGCCAGGUUCCGUUGAUCCAGGCUUGGGAGAAGAUCGAGUUCGUCCAGGUGCAUCAGCUGGCCCUGUUUUGGCUGGAAUCCCUGCUGGUUGGAAUGUUGGAGAAGGCCGAAGGUCUGUGACGUCUGCGACGGGUCACGGUCUCUGGAGCGAAUCCUUGGAGCCGCGGCCGUCACGGCCGCCACGCAAGAUGGUGCCGCGCUUCGCGAGUGCUUCGGAUGGUGGCAGUGUGGGCGAAGUGGUCUUUGGGAGCUUGAGAAGAUCACAUGAAGUUUUGGAUCACCCAGAAGUUGUACGUCGAGUUUGGGGCGGUUGCGCAGGGCAACCCAGCCUUCCACGCGAAAGAGCGAAGAAGUCCACGCAUUUUUCAACUCUUUGGGAUAUAAAGGGCUCUGGUGGCCUAUGCAGCCAAAGUAGCUGCACUUGUUCAUCAAGCGAACCUGGUAGCCCUUCGUCCCGAGCAUCCUCAGCCUUUCUAGAUUUAUCAAGGCAGGGCAUGGAUAUGGUUCGCCAACCGUCGGAUUGUCGAUUGGAGGCUUCACCUUGGCAUGCGAGCAAGCCACCAGAGCGAGGCGUAACCGCUGCUGAGGAUCCCUUUACGAAGGCGCUGCUGGAAGGGCCAGCUGGAUGA